GUUGUGGCUCUUUCUCCAUCUUUCUCCAUCUUCGGUAUCGAGUCCUUUGAUGAGGUGCUGAAGCCACUCUGGCUCGGUAUUCGUCUGCACCGCUGCAAUGGUCUUGUUGCCUUCUUGAAGGUCAUGGGCUUCAUUAUUCGCCUCAUGGACCCCGAGCACAUCCUACUGUGGUCAGCAGUGCGCAGCCACGGAAGGCGUCGCGCCUGAGGAUAAGUAUUGAGCGAGUCAUCUUACCCUAUUUCUUAGUCAUUAGGUCCUCGGGAUGUCCUCUUCAUUCUUCUCCCCAGCAUGCGCGUGCAAGAAUGUCAGAAUCGUCUGCAGCACCAUCGCCAUCACCAUCUUCAGCGUCGGUGUCGCGGAGCUUUACGGUCCCUUCGUGUGGACUUAUUCUCAGCAUCUACUUUGGUACUAUAGCGCAAGGUCGAGAAGGCGAAGCGUACCUCUGAUAAUGUCAGCCAGCACUACUACCACUAACACUGGUAGUUGUACUACAACUGCGGUCUCG